UUACACAGAGACACAGACAUCCAAGAAAAUAAGAGGAGAGUCAACGUCUCGUCGUCGCGCGUGUGAAAAACCAAAAGAAAAAAGGGAAAAAAAAACUCGUCAAUGCGAUUUGUUUUUAGCUGUUACAAUUGACAAUUACCAGUGAUAAUUAACGAGUCGAGGUAAAAUGGCAGGUGAGAAGCGCAGUCAAGAUAUUGAGGAGGCACAACGCACUGAAAAUAUCGUUAUCGUUGACAUCGAGGGGACGACCACUAGCAUCAGUUUCGUGAAGGAGACACUGUUUCCUUAUGUUCGUGAGCAUUUAAAGGACUACGUCGAGAAGAACUGGGAGAAUGCCGAGUUCAAAGAGGACCUUGAGAAGCUCAAAGAGCAGGCGAAAAAAGAUGAGACUGAUAAGGUUGAAGGAGUGAUUGCCAUAACUUCUGGGACACCCGAGGAGGAGAAGGAAACACUCGUGAAGAAUGUUCUCUGGCAAAUGGACAAUGAUCGCAAGACCAGUGCUCUCAAGCAGCUUCAAGGUCACAUGUGGCGAGAGGCCUACAAGUCUGGUGCAGUCAAGGGCCACGUCUACGACGACGUUCCAAAGGCCCUGGAGUCCUGGGCCUCCACCAAGAAGAUCUACGUGUACUCGAGUGGCUCAGUGGAAGCCCAGAAGCUGCUCUUCGCCCACAGUACGCACGGAGAUCUCCUCCCCCACAUCGCCGACCACUUCGACACCGAAGUUGGCCCCAAACAGGAAGCCUCCAGCUACAAAACGAUCCUCUCCAAGCUGUCUGCGACCCCCUCCGAUGUCCUCUUUCUCACCGACAUUCCGAACGAAGCAAAGGCAGCAGUGGAGGCAGGCCUCUCCUCAGUCCUAGUAAUCCGCGAAGGAAACACACCCCUCACCGUCGAGGAGAAGAGCACAUACCCCACUGUCCAAUCCUUCCUGGACAUUACCUUCCAGACCCCCAUAAAACGCCAGAAAGUGGAGGAGCCAGUCCCGAAAAAAGAUGAAGAAAAACCCGAGACAGAGAAAAAACCUGAAACAGAAAAACAAACUGAGACAGAAAAAAAAACUGAAACUGAAAAAAAACCUGAGGCUGAGCCUGAGGACGUAGAGAUGACAGAUGUAAGUGAAAAAGCUCCAGAAACCGAGACAAAACCUAAAGAAUUGAAAGCAACCCCUGAGCCAGACACCACCAAAGCCCCUGUUGCGACUCCAGAGGCCCCAGAGGCCACAAAGGCCCCAGAAAAGUCCCCAGAGAAAUCUCCAGCCCCUGAGAAAGCCUCAGAGUCCCCAAAGCCCGAGGAACCUGAGAAAAUGGAAGUCGAGAAAUCCGAGUCACAGCCAAAAGAGGAGGAGAAAGUUGCAUCUGAGAAGACGACCCCAGAGGUCGAGUCCAAGACCCCAGCAGAGCCAAAUCUCCCGGAGAAACCUGAGGAGAAGCCAGAGGAAGCUAAACCUGAGCCUGAAGUUAAGAAAGCCGAGCCUGAGGUGAAAAAACCAGAGGCUGAGGUGAAAAAACCAGAGGCUGAGGUGAAAAAACCAGAGCCCGAGGAAUCCAAGGAGGUCAAGCCUGUGGAGACGAAAGAAGAGGAGAAAGUGGUGGAGAAGGCUGUGGAGAAUCCUGAGAAGGUUCAGGAUAAGACUGACAAGCCUCAGGAUGCACCUCAGGAGGUGAAAGGAGAGGAGAAAGUGGAGAAGGAGAAUGGAGAGGAAGUCAAGCAGAACGGUGAAUCCAAGGUCGAGGUUUCGAUAGAAGAGACAAAAGUUGUGAAGGCUGAGGUCAAUGGUAAGAAGGAGGAAGUCAAGGAGCCUGAGAAGGAGGUACCCAAGGAGGAUAAGGAAGCCAAGGAAGUCAAGGAAGUUAAGGAGAAGGAUGUGAAAGAGGUGGAGGAGGAGAAGAAGGAGAAGAAGGAGGAGGAGGAGAAGAAGGAGAAGAGCGAGGAGAAAAAAGUUAAUGGCAACUCUGAGACUGACGAGUCCCACAGAAAUAGUAAUGACAGUAACGAAACCACGAAGAAUGGAGAGAGUUCGGAGGAUAAGGACAGCAUUAAGGUGAAGAAGGUCGUCGAGAGCAUUGUGGAUGGGGCUGCUGAGCCUGAGGUUGUCCCACCAGUUGCCGUUGUUGCUGCGACGUCCUAAUUAAUUGAGAUGAAACGACGACAAUUUAACCCUUCGAUUUUUAAUAUUAAAACAAAGUGACAAAGUAAUUGAGUAAUUGAGAAAGAUGUCCUCAUGCAUAACCCGUGAACACAUUACCCAUCCAAACCCUCAAUUCAAUACUUAAUAUUUAAAGGUGAAGGAGUGAAAAAUGUAAGGAAUGGUGUACUGGAGGUCCUCCAAAGGUUCUUGGGUAUUGGUUCGGUUUUUUUUUUUGGUUGGUGGGACUGGUGGUUUUGUUUAACUGUGCCAAAUUUGGUUUUUCGUGCGAAUUUUUAUGGUUUAGGAUUUUCUAUUAUUUUCAAAGGGGUGAUUAAAGAGGGGAUUUUUUUUUGAACAGUUUGCUGCGGAAAUAUCUCGGGAACUAGUGCGUUUGGAGACAAAUGGGAGGAGAUUUUUUGUGGGCAUUCUCAUUCUCUGCAAAACAGGUUUCGUGAUGUUUUUUGUAUGUCUCUGGUCUUCAUUAUUUUAAAAAAAUGACAUUCUCUACAAAGAAUGUCUCGUGCCCUUUUUCUCGAAACCCUUCCUCUCUGAAGAUAUUCUGAAAAAAAAAACUCAAUGAUAUUUCCGAGUUCUUUUCCCCCCUAUCUCAACUUCACUAAUUAAUUAACUAAUCAUCAAUCAAUAAUACUCAAUUAUAAUACUUCAAUCAUUCACUUCUCGCGGAUACUCAAGACUGAAGAAGCAAUCCUAACUCGUCCACCGAGAAUCAAAAAAUAAAAACAAGGAACCAGCAGCCAAAAGCGUAAACUCAUCAUUAAUCAAUGAAUUAUCAAUGCCAUCUGUUCACCUGUACUUAAACCUCACUAACAAGAUUAUCAUCUAACGUUGCUUAGGCCUUCGCUUGAAAACGAAAUCCCUCAACGAAUAAUAAAAAUUUAACAACAAAUCCUCAAAAAUUUACGUUUAGUCUUUUUGAUUGAAGUCUGUUGUAUUAUUUUCUGUCUCCAAAAUUAACUGUGAUUUUAUAAUUAUUAUAACAGAGCCACGAACAUUUAAUAUAGAACGAAUCAUUGGACAAAUAGGCAGUGCAGGGGCUUUAUUUUUUUAAUCGUCAAUCUUUUUUCGUCUCUGUCGAUGCUUUCUAUUUAAUACGUGAUAAUUAGUCAGAAAAAAAAAACAGCCAAGUCGCCAGCGACCGUCCACGGAGAGUCCAUACGUCAAAAUAGUCACGAUAAUUUUAAUGAUUUAUUGAUCAUAAUCAAAUAAUUUUUUUACUAAAAUAAUUGAUGGAAAUAACUUCAUGAUUCAUUUACUUGUGAUGGGGUGAAAUGUAACUACUACGGUUUGACGAAUAUUAUCUCGGUAAUGAGUGGAGCUACGACUAAACGUCGUAAGAUAUUUUCACGGGGAAUUUAAUGCUCUGUAAAAAAUGAAUUUUAUUCUGAUUGACAAACAAUUUCUGCUUUUAAUUGAAAUAGUUGAUUCAAUUAUUCAAUUUUCUCUCUGCAAAAAAUAUCUAAUAACAUUUUCUCGUAGAGUAAAUGGUUACUGGGAUAAAUCGCAUUGACAAAAAAAUUAAUUCAACCUUUUACUCUUCACCACUUCACUGCAGUAUUCCACUCAUUUUUUAAUAAAAUCUCAACCCUGGAUGGAGAUUAAUCAUAAGUGAGCGUUUAGGAAUUUCUAUUUGUAUGUAAGGUUUAGGCGCUUAGAGGGCGGUGGAUUAUUGUAUUUUUUCAGCCCCGAUUGUCACUUUACUCUCAUUGUUCUGUAAUUGUUGAUGUAAUGUCAGUGUCCCAGUGCUAUCGUACAUUCUCAUGAAUAUCUGGAACGUGAAAGCCUCGUUUAAAAGCCAGGAAAAUAGUCGAUUCCAAAUACCACCGAGUAAUCCAUUUUGCCCCCAGUGGUUCAUCGAAUGUCGGGGAAAACGGUUUUUGCUGGUUAAAAUAAACUCUGUUCAACGAGGUGACAUUUUCGUUUUCGUCAUUCAUCACGUUUUCUUGCACGUUGAGUUAUCUCGGAAAGGGAGGGAUUUGGGGAAAGUUUGAUGAGCGAUUUUUGGAGGAAAUUUCAUCAGCUUGGAAAAGUUUCCAUAACAUUUUCUCCUAAAUCCACUUAUUACUGAGAUAAUCAACAAAACAUUACAUCAAACUCGAUUUUACAAAUUUUACCAAACGAAACAUGAAAUUGUCCGAAUGACGAGGGGUUCUAGAAGCAAGUGUCAUGGGACAUUUUUUGUGAGAAAUUUCGCCUUGUUAAAAAAACUGUCUUGAUAUUUUCUCCUGAAAAUCACGCAUUGUUGAGAUGAUUAGAUAAUUAACAAACACUUGAAAAGGUACUCGAUUUUUCACGUAAAGUCGAUUUAUCUCGAUAGCCAGUGGUUUCAGAGGAAAAUGCCAUCAGACAUUUUUGUAGGGAAUUUCAUCCCCUGCAAAAAAUUCCUUUGACAUUUCUUUCGAAAGCCCGUCAUCUCCGAGAUAAUGGUAAUUUAUCAGUGAAUUCAUCAAAUGCUAAAUUCACCCAUUCUCGACGUCUCUCACCUUUCGGGAGAGUGAAAAAAUCAUCAAGUCGUCAGACAUUCCCUCGAAUUAUUCCAAUUUAUGUAGAGACAGUGUGAAAUACUUUGUCGCACGGAGAUCAGCGAUUCGCCCGCUCGAUUGACUCUUCAUCCCCAUUUGAAAAUCAUUCACAUCAUCCCCAUACAAGAUUUGCGUCGAUAAUCGAUGGCUCUUCGUCUCUCUGUGUCAAAUUAUUUCACGUUCGUCAACCCUUCGUGCUAUCACUCUUCCCUAUAUUUUUUAUUCUCAUUUUUUUUCUAUUUUUUCAUUGAAUUUAUGUCUGAGGAGAAAACAGUAAAAUAAUAAAAUGGAUUAAAUGCUCAAAGCCAGUGGUCCGCUCCCAAUUUUUCGAUGUAUACCAUUAUUAAUAUUUAAUGAAUAUUCGAAUUAGUGAGAUAAGUUUCUAAAGUAAAAGAAAAAACACGAGAAAACGAAUAAAACAUUUAUAAGUUAUUUAAUCCGAUAA